AUGGUAGUGGCUGGUCACUCGAUAGAUAGUGAGGAGUCGUGCUGUGUUGCAGGCAAGGCGGUGCCGUUCGUGGAGCUGACGGUGGCGCACGCGUCGGUGCUGACCAUCCUGGCCAUCAGCUUCGAGCGCUACUACGCCAUCUGCGAGCCGCUGCGGGCUGGCUACGUGUGCACCAAGGCACGCGCGCUGCUCAUCUGCCUGCUCGCCUGGGCCCUCGCCGCCCUCCUCACCAGCCCCAUGCUGGCCAUUUCGCAGUUCGCGUACCACCAGUACGCGGACGGUUCGCUGGUGCCCACGUGCCUCAGCGAGGCGGCCGCCCUCUGGCAGAAGCUGUUCUUCACGGUGUCCAGUGCCACCUUCUUCGCGGUGCCGGUGGCGGUGCUGCUGGCGCUCUACGGCAAGAUCGCGCGCCACCUCAUGGCCGCCCCGGGCGCUGCCGCGGCGCCGCCGGAGGCGGGCGGCAACGUGCGCGCCCGCCGCCAGGUGGUGCUGAUGCUGGCCACGGUGGUGCUCUCCUUCUUCCUGUGCCUGCUGCCGUUCCGCGCCUUCACCCUCUGGAUCGUGUUCGCCAGCAGCGCGUCGGUGCGCGCGCUGGGCAUCGAGGCCUACUACAGCCUGCUCUACUUCUGCCGCACCAUGUUCUACCUCAACUCGGCGGUGAACCCCAUCCUGUACAGCCUCAUGUCGUCCAAGUUCCGCGCCGGCUUCGCGCGCCUCUUCGGCUACCGCGAGCGGCAGCUGGCGCUGCUGCGCGGCGCCGACGGCGAGAUGCGCAACGGCGCCGGCAGGGCGUGGCCGACGCUGGCGGCGGUGCGGCGGCAGCACCGCUCCGCGCCCGACCUGUUCGCCUGGCGCUCCGGGUCGCGCUCCUCGCUGGCGUCGGUGCGGUCGGCGGCGGCGGCGGCGUCGGCGUCGACGGCGGCUGCCCGCGGUCCGGCGGCGCUCGCCCGCGCCCACUGCCCGCUGCCCGCCAAGCGCACCGCCUCCGACGCCGGCCCCACGUGGAAGGAACGCUCUGCGCGCAGCCGCAUGGCAUCCUUCCGGCGCAACGCCGUCAUGCGCUCCACGGCGCUCAGCUUCGACCUCGACGGCAGGGGCCGCGAUGCCUCGGAACCCCUCAAAGGAAACAACGCCUCGGACAGCAGCUCAGUGUUAUUCAGUGGCUUCUAUUUCUGUCUCGACGACACACUACACAAAGACAGACUACAGGUUGAGAAAUGGUGUACAAAAUGGCAGAAAGCUCAGCUAGUGUCGGACGACGGCAAGGAGGAGCGUCGACCUGGUUCGAAGGCGUCGGUGGGUACAAUGAAAUUGUCAAACAGGUGUUGUGAAGAUGUACUGGUCUCCUCAGCGUCCGGUGCGGGAGCCUGUUCGGCGGCAAGGUUGUCAGGUGGGACGUCUGUACCGUCCGUUGGUGACUGGGACGGUGGGACGUGCCGAUCGGAAGGACCGGGCGACGGACUGGACGAAACUGUAGACGUGGCAAGAGCCGCUGCCCCGGUGACGGCGCUGUCGUCGUACGAGCUGGCGGAGUACACAGACGGCAGCGUGGUCGCCAUCUGCCUGACGGAGGCGGCCACCUUCUGGGCGGCCGCCUUCUUCGUGGCGGCCAUCUCGCUCUUCUUCCUGCUGCCGCUCGUCGUGCUGGUGGCGCUGUACAGCGUCAUCGCGCGCCACCUCAUGGAGGCGCCCGACAUCGUCCAUCACCACCAGCACAACCACUACCGUUACCGGAAGCAGGUGGUGCUGAUGCUGGGCACGGUCGUGGUGUCGUUCUUCGUGUGCCUACUGCCGUUCCGUGCGCUCACGCUGUGGAUCAUCGUGGCGCCGCCGGAGGCGCUCAUGUCGCUCGGCAUGGAGGGCUACUAUAACCUGCUAUACUUCUGCCGAACCAUGCACUACCUCAACUCGGCGGUGAACCCCAUCCUGUACAACCUCAUGUCGUCCAAGUUCCGCAACGGCUUCGCACGUCUGUGUUGCGGUCGACGGCGCUCCAGGCGCGCUGGCGGCUCCGAACCGCUGGGCCGCAAGGGUACCGCCACUUCUAGCACCGCCGCCACCAACACCACGGCCGCCACCAGCGGCACCACCGCCACCAACGCAACCACCGACGGCGGCUCCCGGCGGCACUCGCGCUGCCGCGGCAGACGCACAUCGGGCAGCGCCAACGGCGUCUGUGGUGACAACUCCGCCCCGCGAGACAGCUAUGUUUGA